AUGGGCAAAGGAAAAGCAGAAGUUGGUACGCCUAAAUAUUUGGCAAAUAAAAUGAAGGCCAAGGGAUUGCAAAAGCUUCGUUGGUAUUGUCAAAUGUGCGAAAAACAGUGUCGCGAUGAAAACGGGUUCAAGUGCCACACCAUGAGCGAAUCGCAUCAGCGCCAGAUUCUGCUAUUUGCGGACAAUGCUGGCCGUUUUAUCGACGGAUUUUCUUCAGAGUUCUUGACAGGAUACCUUCAAAUAUUGCGGCGUCAAUUUGGUACAAAGCGCGUUGCUGCCAACAAGGUGUACCAAGAAUACAUUGCAGAUCGUCACCAUCUUCAUAUGAACGCUACGAAAUGGCAUUCGCUGUCCGACUUUGUGAAGUAUCUGGGCCGAAAUGGUCACUGUGUAGUGGAUGAAACGGAUAAAGGAUGGUUUAUCACUUACAUUGACCGUGAUCCAGAGACAUUAGCUAUGCAGGAAAAGGUGGCGAAAAAACAAAAAAUGGACAAAGAUGAUGCGGAACGCUUGGCGGAGUUCAUUGAAGAGCAGGUUCGUCGAGGGAAAAAUGAGGAUGAACCUAGCGGCUCAGGUUACUCGGAACUAAAACGAGAAAAUGAGGAGGAAACUAUAAAAAUUGACUUAAAACUAACGGGAAAACUCUCUCAACAUACUGCUUCGACAGUGGGAAUCAAACGUCCUUUCGAUUUGUUGGACGAUUCGAAGAAGGAGAAAAAGGUAAAACCCUCUCUUAGCAGUGGAGAGACGAAAAAAAUAUCUGCGCUGGAUGAGCUUAUCAAAGAAGAGGAGCAGAAAAAGGAAAAAAACAACCGUAAGGACUAUUGGUUGGCUGAGGGAAUCGUAGUAAAACUGAUAACCCGUUCCUUGGGUGAGAAAUAUUACAGAGAGAAAGGUGUUGUAGUAGAGGUGUUUGAAAAGUACCGUGCAAAAGUUAAACUGCUCGAAACGGGAGAAAAAUUGAAGGUAGAUCAAGCCCAUUUGGAGACCGUUAUACCUGCUGUUGGGAAACAAAUUUUAGUUUUGAACGGAGGCUAUCGUGGUUGUACAGCUUUGUUGAAAGCCAUCAACACGGAACGAUACAGCGUAACAAUUGAAAUAGCCUCUGGACCACUGAAAGGACGGUUAGUAAGCAACGUUGCUUAUGAAGAUAUAAGUAAACUAUUUGUUUGA